UUUGACGAAGUUCUGACUACCGAAUCAACUAGUGCUAAAGAUGUUAGCGCUAUAAGAAAGAAAAAUAAGAUCUGCUAUGCAGUUGGAAAAAUCAGAAAAGGAAAGUGAAGAGAUGUCACUCGCUUCGCAUAGUUUGCAUCUUCCACCUUGCGAUAUUGACGUUUUUAAAGGUGACUAUUUGUCGUGGCCAACUUUUCGUGACAUGUUCACGGCAAUUUAUAUCUUGAACAAACGGCUUACACCCAUACAGAAGCUUUAUUAUCUGAAUCAAAAAACGCAGGGUGAAGCCAAAGAAAUUGUCAAGAAAUGCGACUUAACGAAUGAAGGCUUUAACACAGCCUGGAAGAAUCUUUGCGAUAGAUACGAAAAUAAGAGGAUCCUAGUUAACACUCAGUUGAAGAUUCUCUUCAACUUGAAUACAGUUGAUAGCGAAUGUGGAAGCUCAAUAAAGAGAUUACAAAGGGAUAUUAAUAAUUGUAUAUCAUCCCUAGAGAGUCACCAGAUUGACAUUUCAAACUGGGACCCUAUUAUUACGUAUCUGUGUUCUACUAAACUACCUGAGGAAACCCUUUCGCUGUGGGAACAAUCGGUAGAAAAUAAAACAGAAAUAUCCAAGUGGUCAGAUAUGGACCGAUUCCUUUCAAGCAGGUUUCAAACGUUAGAAUCGGUUUCAGGUUUAAGAGGAAUCAAGACUUCGAAGUUUUCAAAAGUGCCAAGUCAUAAGCAUUCCUCUGAACCCUCUCACAAGAAACUUGGCGUUUUUCAAACUAGUGUCGCCAAAUACAUGUGCAAAAUGUGCCAAAGCAACGAGCAUAGAAUUCAUAUGUGCCCAAAAUUUCUGAAGAUGUCUGUAGCUGAUAGAAUCUCCUUUGUAAAAACGAACAAUAGCUGUUUUAACUGUCUGUCUUUCGGACAUUCGGUGUCGAAAUGCACGAGUUCUUACAACUGCGCCAAUUGCCAUUCUCGACACCAUACGCUCCUACACAAUCAGACAGCACCGCCUAAAACAGCUACCAGGGAAAAUACUUCUAAUCCUGCGGACAAUUUACCAUCGACUUCCAGACAGGCACAAUUGAGGAAUCAAGCUUCAAAGGGGAAAAGUAACCAAGUAAAAAAGGUGCAAUCACAUCACGCUAAUACUAGCAAAGGUGUUUUACUCGGCACUGCUCGGGUUACUAUUCAUUAUAAUGGCACCAAUUAUGCUGCUAGAGCUCUAAUUGAUUCUGGCUCUGAGUGUUCCUUCAUUACGGAGAGGCUCAGACGCAGAAUCAACUUGCCCACAAAGAAAAUGCAUGCUCAAGUUUCGGGCAUCAAUAAUACGGUUUCUGCACAGGUAAAAGAAGCGUGUUCUAUACAGUUGCGGUCACCGAUUGACCCAUUCAUUUCAAUUGAUGCUAUUGUGUUAGUGCUACCAACUCUUACCGGGAAUUUGCCAACUUGCGACAUUAGCGCACUAACACAACAAGCUUUUCCUGAUCUCAUCCUGGCAGAUAAAAGGUUUUAUGUAAAUGAGCAAGUCGAUCUUGUCUUGGGAGGGGACAUAUAUCCCCAUAUAAUUUUGAGUGGCAUUAAGAAGAAUGUUCUUAGUACUCUUCUGGCACAAGAAACAGUGUUCGGUUGGAUACUGACUGGUCGUGCUGAUGCAGUCAACCCAACCAACAAUAAUAGAGUAUCGUUCUUCAAUGAAGUGGCCCUAGACAAACAGCUAAGCUCUUUUUGGGAACUUGAGGAUCUUCCACGAGAUAAAACUGCAACAGCUGAGGAAGCAAAGUGCGAGGAGCUUUACAAGCGUACAACACAGCGGAAUCCAGAUGGGAGGUACAUCGUGUCGCUUCCUUUCAAGGCGGAGUUCCCGGCUGAUAUAAACUUAGGGCCAUCACUCAAAAUCGCGUUUUCUCAAUUUUACAAGAACGAAACUCGACUUAGAAAAAAUCCAGACUUACAGAGGGAAUAUAACAAAGUCAUAAUGGAAUACGAGACAAUGGGCCAUAUGUCUAAAGUUAAUGCAAUUCAGUCAGCAGAUGCAGUCGACAGUUACUAUUUACCACAUCACGCUGUGGUAAAAGAAGAGAGUACUACGACAAAGGUUCGGGUGGUUUUCAAUGCUUCGUCGUCUUCAGCCAAUGGUGUCAGCCUGAACGAUAUUCUUCUUCCAGGGCCAGUGCUUCAGUCUGAUUUACCAGUGUUGAUUCUCCGCUGGAGACUUUUUAGAUACGUCUUCAAUAGCGAUAUUGAGAAGAUGUAUAGGCAAAUUCUUGUAGACGCCAACCAAACGAAGUACCAACGAAUAAUUUUCCGUACGUGUCCAAACGAACCAAUUAGUAUUUACGAACUAAAGACGGUUACUUUCGGUAUAAAUUGUGCUCCUUAUCUCGCGAUAAGGACAUUGCUCCAGCUAGCUGAUGACUCAGAAAGCCUCUAUCCUAUAGCCUCGAACAUUUUACGAAAAAGUAUGUAUGUCGACGACGUUCUUGCCGGAGGACAUACUAUUGACUCCGCGAUAAAAGCCAGGGAUGAGAUUUCCGCAGUUUUAAAAUCAGCUGGUUUUCCACUUAGAAAAUGGACGUCGAAUUGCAAUAAAAUAUUGCAAGGCAUACCAAAAGCACAUCUGCUGAGUGAAAAUUUCUUAGAGUUUGAGGACACAAGCAGUGUAAAAGCCCUAGGUAUAAGGUGGAACGCGCAUUCCGACCAAUUUUAUUUUAUAGCCAAGCCAAUAGAAGAUAACGUCAAUCCAACGAAGAGAGCGAUAUUAUCAGCCAUCGCUAAACUCUUUGACCCGUUAGGUUGGCUAGCUCCAAUGAUAAUUGUCGCGAAAAUACUUAUGCAGAGCAUAUGGUUAGAGGGUACAGACUGGGACGAGACGGUGUCCCCAACAACACUAGAUAGAUGGCAGAAUUUCACGAGAAACUAUCAGGAAAUCAAUAAUAUAAGGAUACCACGUUGGGUAUCUUUCUCACCAACGGAAAAGGUAGAGAUUCACGGAUUCUGCGACGCAUCCGAAAAAGCGUACGCUGCCGCAGUCUACUUACGCGUGGAAAAAGAGGAUAAAGUACUUGUAAAUCUGCUAUUAGCAAAAACUAGAGUAGCGCCAGUCAAAACAAUUUCUUUGCCUAGAUUAGAACUUUGCGGGGCGGUAUUACUGUCAGAAAUAGUCGAAUCAAUCACCAAAAAUCUUGAAUUAGGCCACCUAAACAUACAUCUGUGGACUGAUUCGACGAUUGUUCUGGCGUGGAUACGCAAGCCCCCAUGUUCGUGGUCAACCUUCGUUGCCCACCGAAUUACAAAAAUCUUAGACAAAGUAGGGAACUUGAACUGGCUUCACGUCGAUUCAGCUACGAAUCCCGCAGAUUUAGCAAGCAGAGGCAUACUGGCGAACGAAUUGGUCAAAAAUUCUUUGUGGUGGCAGGGACCUUCUUGGCUACAAGAAAAUAGGGAAAAAUGGCCAAUCCAAGAGACAGACUUCACCACGAGCAUUGAGGAAAAAAGGGUGCACGUUCAUGCAACAACAUCGACAGACAAAAUCAAUGACAUUCUUGACCGGUUUUCUAGUUUACCGAGGGCUUUGAGGGUGAUAUCUUAUAUAUUGCGUUUCUUUCAAAGAACCCAUCCGAAGACAAAAGCUUCUUUUCAGUCGGAAUCUUGCUUAAUUUCAUCUAAUGAAAUUAAAUCAACGACUACUCGCCUGAUUAAACUUGCUCAGAAGCAACAUUACGGAGCAGAAAUCGCGAAACUGAAAACUAAAGAAUGCAUUGAGUCUAAGAGUGAAAUACUUCCUCUUAAUCCAUUUCUGGAUAAAGAUGAUGUGCUGCGGACGGGGGGUCGUCUUGGCACAUCUCUGGAUCUAGCGUACAACGAACGGCAUCCCGUUAUACUCCCAUACAAUUGUAGAUUAUCCCGUCUGAUUGUCCAAUUCAUCCAUGAAACUUCUCUCCAUGGUGAGAAUCAACUAAUGUUGCGUCUCAUACGAACGCAGUAUUGGAUUCCGAAGGUGAAAACGAUGAUAAGGUCCACAAUCCAUAACUGCAAGAUCUGCACUAUCUAUAAAAAACGCGCGCAAGGCCAACUUAUGGGGAUUCUUCCACAAGAGCGAACAACUUUUUCGCGACCAUUUACCAAUGCUGGGGUGGAUUUUGCUGGACCAUUCGACAUUAAGAGUUAUCGUGGACGAGGCUGCCGAAUGUCAAAGGGUUAUGUGUGUCUAUUUGUCUGCUUUUCUACCAAGGCCAUUCAUUUAGAGGCCACAAGCGACCUAAGUACUCAAUCGUUUUUAGCAGCAUUUUCCAGAUUCGUUUCCAGACGAGGGUGUCCAAAAAAUGUGUACUCAGAUAAUGGGACAAAUUUCGUAGGAGCAUCACGGGCUUUAAAAGCGGAACUAAAGGCAUUUCUAUCCGACGCGCGGACGAAUACGUUAUGCCCAUCAGGCAUUGACUUGGCAUUUCAUACCUGCCGCAGCUCCGCACAUGGGUGGUCUGUGGGAGGCAGGUGCCUUACCGAACUACAGAAACGAAUAAAGUGGAAACAUCCUAAAUCCAACAUAAAAGUGGGAGACAUGGUGGUCAUAAGAGAGGAUAAUCUUCCACCUAACGAAUGGAGAUUAGGAAGGGUGGCUAAUUUGCACCCAGGUUCUGACAAUCGAGUUCGUGUUGUAGAGGUCAUAACUGAAAAGGGUAGAGUGACAAGACCGCUUGUCAAACUAGUACUACUACCACCCUAUAUCACGGAUAACGAUGAAACUAUGGCGUCUGUAUAAAUCCAUACGAAAAA